CCUCACACUGCCCCCUUCUAUUGGACCUUUCGCCCUCCGACGAUCAUUGACACCCACGUGAGAAGGAAAAGUGGCCGACUUUUCGGCCACGAGGUAUUCCUGUUCUCGAUUUGAAAGGCCGAUCGUGGCCAAUCGCUUUAAAUUAAGCACAGCCUCGAUCCAAAAGAUCUCUCGUCUAAGGCCGGCAAAGACCACUCAAGGCGAACAAGAACGUGCAAAUGACUGUUCCUUCGUGACAAACGGUCCUCAUCACCUCUGCGAACGAAGCUCUCUCUCGUUGAUGAUGCCAACAAUUGCAGGGUUGGUUUGCGACAGAAGGAAAUUUGUGCACUAUGACAACUGACCAAGCUUCUCGAUGAUGGCCAAAUCCCAGCCUCGGUGCUCUCUUCAAGACACCAUAGAUCUUGGAGAGUUCUUUGAGUUGGACGAGGCCACAGUCUUGAUUCAGAUACGAGAAGCCUUCGAACCGGAACUAGAGCGCCUAAAGUGUGCAAAGGCCGUGGAAGGCACCGACCAGCAACGGUAUGCAAACGGCACUUCGGAAGAUCCGAGUCCGUCACAGAUACUGUAUGGCAAAAAUUACGACGAGAUCAAUCGAACAUUAGUCGGCGUUCUCGCCCUGAGAUGGAUUCACAACAAGGACUAUCAACGUUUUACUCGUGGACAAUCGCCAGAAUACCGCCUGACUGAGGAGUCUUUCGAAUGGCUUUGCCAAUUAUUCUUGAAUGGCCUCAAGUCCGAGGAGGACUUGUUCACUUUAAUUUUAUCCAUGAUAAUCAACGACCUGGGAAAAGAUCGCAAUUUGGAGGAGGAUUUUUAUUUUGUCAACAACCAGCGCUUACCUGACCAAAACCACGACGCCAUUUUACUCGAAGCAGCAAAGGCUGGCAUGGUGCCAUGUUUAUCUUAUCUAUCUCCUGAGAGACGAGAGGAUGUUAUGCUGGGACUCGAGCUUGGCUCGGAGCUGAAUGCAGGUCAACUAGCCCAGGCUGAGAGUGUUCCGGUAAAUUUGGAGGGCCUCCUGACCAUGAGGGGCCAUGAACAUGCUUUUGAGCUCAAAUUUAUGGAACAAGUGCUUGAUGUCGCAGGCGCAGCUGGACACAUUGACUCGUCUGGUGCAAAAAACCUGAUCGAACCCGUCUUUCAGGCGUUUAAAACCGUUCACGAAGUGUCCUUGGAGAUCAUAGCUGGCAAGGCUAGUCUCAGACAAGGCUACGACAAGGUUUUGACAAAGCGUGGCAAUAUGCUUUCUCUGAAGGGAUUUCGUAGGUUGAGUGUGAGCGAUGAAAAGGACCGAGCUCUUCUACGGCUGCUCGCGAUGGGACGUACGGCCGACAAGGAACAAGCUGAACUCUUCUCGAGAUCCUUUGAAGGGCUGGAUUCGGGGAGCAGAGACCAGCUCAUUCGAGGUCUCAACAUCGAUGGGAAAGACAAUGAAACUGCGGUGCUACCAUAUUACAUGCCCGCGAUCAUUUCGACAACGCUUGAAAAUACGAAAGGAUCCGACCAGGACGGCAAACAGAAGGCCUUGACAAGCCUGAUGAGGUAUCUCGCCAGAGUGCUCGAGAGUGGGAACGGCAGCGUAGGGUUUGAGGACGAAAGGAUGAACAACGGGGCAAUUCCUGGGAUUGUCAUCGAAAGAAAUAUGACAAAGGCGCAAGAUGUGAUCAACAGCGCCGAGUUCAAGCAGGAUCCAGAUAUACUGAACUCUCUUGCAAUACCAGAUGGACAGGUACUGCAACGGAGAAGGACCAGCCAGUCAUGGUGAGCGCACAACAACAAGUUGAUCCAUAUGGAUCUUGUUUUGAUGACACUUUCAUCCUCGCAGGCUCUGAAGUAGAUCUUAGUUGACUUUUGAC